UUUCUUUCUACAAUUUUAAAUUAAAUUUAUUAGAAUAAAUGCUUCGAACACACGCGAUCUAAGUACCUUUUGUGUUUAUUAUACCUUACCUACCUAGGUAUAAAAAGAGUACUUACGUAGAUUUUCUUUUAUUAACUGUUUUAUACGAAGAUCUUGAUCUCUCAAAUUAGCAUCCAUUUUACUUCCAGUGAUUAUCAACUAAAUUAAUAAUCCACAAAGUAUUAAAUAACGUUUUUAUGAAAUAUUUAGCACAAAAACAAUACCCUUUAAAUAUCGAUCGUCAGUAACUGUGGCUGACUUACCUAUAUUCUAGCAAGCAGGACUGCCAGAUGUGAAGGGGAAAUCCCCAAUAAAUUGUUGCAUGUGACUGAUGAUGUGAGCAUGUUCGUUUCAUAAUAAAAAUGUUGCCAGGUAACCAAAAAGUCGUAUGUUUUUGUGCGAAUUACGAUCAUAAUCUUUACGAUCGUACAUUAAAAAAUAGACAAAUAAUAGUAUGAGUACGAUUUAAAUCGUAUAUCUGUCAACCCUGCUAGCAAGACAGCGACAAAAUCACGUUGCAUAACAAUGUAGCCCAAGCUUAUAUCUUAUGAAAUAUACGGAAGAGAUACGGACUUAGAAAAAACAGAAAUGUUGUUCUUUGUGGAAGUCAUUGAUGAAAUUCUAUGUAUUUUAGCCCGCAAACUUUCUUCAAACAAAAACAGCGCCAUCUAGUAUCGAGUUCUGUAAUUAUCUCUUUGUUUAUGGAUUUGAAGUAAGACCGCCACGCAUGCAAUACAUUAUGACUGGGGAUUCCCCUAUUCGUCGACGCUGAAUAUGAGGCGACGACAAUCACUGUCAAACGUGUUCACUAUUACUCUGACUCUGGUAACGUGACUUCCUGGUAACGUGUUAGGUAGGAAAAGCAGUAAAAAAGUGCAUAUUAAGGGAGCAGAUUUGAAAUAAUAUUUAUACUUAACAAGAAAUAAUUAAAGGUUCAAUGGGGAGACCUAAAGAUUUACGCAUAUGGGAGCACUACCGUACUUUACCAAACAAGUCUGUUUCUUGCAAGCUUUGUAAUAAGGUCUACAAAUUCAGUAAUGCUGCCAAAAUGCUUCAACAUCUUAUCACUUGUCCAAAAUCUCCAGAAACAUUAAAAGACUCUAUGAAACUUAUAAAAGAUAGCUCGUCCAAAACCAAAAUGUCUGGACUGUCAGAGAUAGAGACAAAUGAUUCUUUUAUAAGCCCCUCGUCGUCUGCUAACACUACAAUAAAUGCUGAGUUUCAAGACACCGAUGAUCAUAUAAAAACAGAAUUAGCGAGAGCUAUAUUUGUAACAGGGACGCCAUUAUCGAUGGUGCAACAUCCUUUAUGGAUACAAUUUUUCGAAAAAUUGCAACCAAAAUUUAAAAUACCUUCACGUAAAGCUUUAGCGACAAAAUACUUAGAUAAAAUAUAUAGAGAAAUGCGUUUUGAGUUAAAUGAGGAACUAAAUGCUUGUAGUUACUUACACCUUCAGUGCGAUGGCUGGUCUAAUUUAAGAAAUGAAGGAAUAAUAAACUUUCUUAUAUCAAAACCUCAACCUGCAUACGUUAAAAGUUUGAAUACAGAAAGUAAUCCUCACACUAGUGAAUACCUUAGCCAAGAAGUUGAAAAAGUAAUGAAAGUGUAUGGAGCAAAUAAGUUUCUUGUACUUAUUGGCGAUAACGCUAGAAAUAUACAAAAGGCAUUCGAAUUAACAAAACUCAAAUAUCCACAUGUUGUUCCUCUCGGUUGCUGUGCACAUAUCCUUAACUUGUUGUGCCAAGAUAUUGUAAAGAUACAAGAAGUAACUGUGUUUAUUAUGCAAGCCAUAAAUAUAAUAAAAACUGUUAAAAGGAGUCAACGAUUAAGUUCCUUGUUGAUAAAAUCAAGGCAGGGUGAAGAUUCUACACAAACACUAAAAUUGCCUUGUGCUACAAGAUGGGGAAGUCAUGUUACUUCGUUAAAAAGUUUGAAAGCAAAUAAGAUAGCUUUGCAAAUAUUAACAGUUAGAGAAGAUGUGGUAAUUUCAAGAGAUAUUAAAGAUUUAAUUCUAAGUGAUGAUUUCUGGACGAAGACAGGGGAAUGUAUAAGUAUUUUGGAACCAGUCACUGAAAGCAUAUUUUACUUAGAGAGCGACCAGAAUCGUUUGCAUCGCACAUACAUUACAUUUAGAGAUGUACAAGCUAAGAUACGUUUUGCAUUAAAUGAGAUUUCGACAUUGAGCGAAGAAAGCAAACAGCAGAUUCUAACAUCAGUAUCUUCAAGAUGCAAUAUGGCAAUGAGGCCAAUACAUUUUGCAGCAUAUAUUCUAGACCCCAGGACUCUAGGAGUCGAACUUACUCAAGAGGAAGAACUUAAGGGUAUGGAGUUUAUCUACAAUUUAAGCCAACACUUAAGUUUGUCAAAUGUAAUGGCAGAUUUGGCGUGUUAUAAAGCUAAAGAAAACUUUUGGGCCAGAGGAUUUGUAUGGAGCUCAUUAGAUAGCAUUGAGCCCCUAAUAUGGUGGAAAGGUAUUUGUGGUUCCACUGAGUUAAGCAAAGUAGCGAUUCGUAUUCUAUCAGCUCCCUGUACUUCGGCAGCCACUGAGCGUUCCUUUAGUAUCCAAGGCUACAUACAUAAUAACAAAAGAAAUCGACUUACAACUGAAAGAACUGAAAAAAUUUCAUUCAUUUGUUAUAACUGGAAUCUUAAACAUAAAGCUGAAUGCGAGGACAUUCAGUUUAAUGAAGAAAAUACCUUAGAAGCUUUCAUUGAGCAAGUAAAUGAACAUAACAGUUUAGACGAAAUAGAGCCUAUCGAACCUAUACAAUUCAUCGCUUGUAAUAACUCUGAAUCUGACAGUGAUUGACUGUAGUUUUACAUUUUACUUUCAUCUCUUUCUUAAUAAACUCAAAAUCAAAUUAAAAGUUUUUUAUUCUGUAGGCUGCAUAAUAAUAUUGUCUAUGUCCAGUAUAGUGGACGUCUUGCGGCUGAGAUGACGAUGAUGAAGUACAAAAUCAUAAACACCCAAAAAUUUGGGUGUUUAUGGGGUUUAAACCCAAUAAACCCAAAACACCCGGUUUUUACCCACCAGACUUUAAACCCACCCAGGUGGAUUGCCCAUCUC